AUGUCGUUAGCAAAGUAUGGUACAGCACAUGAAAAUUUAGAAGACGAAAAACGUAAGGAAUUUUGUUUUUUAAAGUUAUCUAGGAGUUUUCUGGAAGGUUUGUUUUGAGCGUUUUGUACUUUUUACUUUGCUUAUUGUUAUAUUAUACAUUACUUUCUUUAAUUUAUUAUAAAGUUAAGAGAAUUUUAGACACAGCAGUUUCUCGUAAACCGACAGCAGUACAAGAUGAGGUUGUUACGGAUGAAAAGGGCCGAAGACGAUUUCAUGGAGCAUUUACUGGAGGUUUCUCGGCUGGUUACUUUAACACUGUUGGCUCUAAACAUGGUUGGGUACCGCAAACAUUUACGUCUAGCAGGACAGAACGUUCGGAGCAGCAGAAACAGUCAAUUUAUGAUUAUAUGGACGAAGAGGUAAAUUUACUUUUUUCAUUUCAAUUUUAGGUAACGUAUUAAACAGACAAAUGUGAGUAAAUGUGUAAGUUUUACAAAAGGAUUUUGUUUGUUGACAGGUUUUAUUUGAGUUACAUGGCUUAUUACUGUAUUUGAGAGUUACUGUAAUAAAAACACGUAUUGGUAAUUUUAGGACACUGGCGAAUUUGGAUUUGCACAUCAGAAGAUACGCACAAAAUCGAAUUUUAUGUCUCAAUUAAGUGAACAGGGUCAAUCUUCGUUGGCUUGGGAACGUGCUGGACCUUCGACAUCCGGUAAUUUGAACGAUAUUGAGAUGAAGCUUGUUUCCACAUUUCAAGGUGUUAAGUAAGGAGUUUUUUGUUUUAGUUCUUAUAAAACGCAUUAAAUUUAUACGUAUAAUCAGACGAUACUUAAAGUAGGAUACUUAAAGUAUUUUGUUUAUUCUUAAAAAUUUUUUUUUAUAUUUAGUGAUUCUAUUGGCGUUAAAAUAUUAAAGAGUAUGGGCUGGCGACCGGGAAAAGGUAUUGGACCACGAAUGAAAAGAAGACAGCUGGAACGUCUAAAAGGUAGCUUUUAAAACUUUUAUUUUUAAUACAUGAAAUGUUUUUUGUUAAAAAUUAUUUUUUAGUGAACGAUGCUCAUCAACAGGGGAUUAAAAUGAGGUACGACGAAAAAGAUGUAGAAGCAAUGGAAGAAAUUGCGCCGGAAGCUGAAUAUGCUCCUGAUGAUAUACCUAAGUUACUUACACAAGCAAACAAAGGGGAGCAUGGUAUUGGAUACAUACCGUUGGAACAAUCUAACGUGCUGAACGAAAAUUUUUUGAUGAAAGUUGAUGCUUACAAAGAAAAAAGGAAGUCUAAAGGUAAUCGUGGUCAGGCUUUUGGAGUUGGCGCUUUUGAGGAGGACGACGAUGAUAUAUACACUAGCGAAGAUAUAUCAAAAUACGAUUUUGCUAUUGGAGGAGAGGAAAGUGAAGUGAAAGAAGUCAAACGAUGUAAGUUAAUAUUGCAUUUGUUAAUAAUUUUUGUUUUAGGGAUUUUACUUGGCCGGAUUUAUUUAAAAAACGCCGAUUUCUCAUAGCGCCAUUAUCUUUGGUUUAUAAACACAUUCAUUAAUGUAAUUUUUUAGACGACACUGCUUUUGUUCCUUCAAAAGUUGUAGAACGACAAAAGGUUUACUCUUCACUAGAACCGAGUAAACAUUUUGAUCAAAAACAUCGCCCAUCACCAAUAAUUUUGAAGGAUACUGUAUCAGAAAUCACAACGGCAUUUCAAAACUUGAACCCUUUACAAAAAGCUGUGUUUUUAGGGGAUAGAAGCGGUUCUGUUUUGGAAUUGUUGUCUUCCAGUGAUCGUGAAAAAUUGAAGUUGCUGACAAAGAAAAGUGAAAUCGAAACAAAGUUCAAAAAACCGGUUAGUUCAACGUUAUUUAUGUAGUAUAAUGCAAAUUUUAAAGCUUUUAAAGGUGAAAACGUUUUUUUUUAAAUUUUUUAGGGUUUUGUAUAGGAUACCUUUAAGCAUACUCUUUUUUAAUUUCUAGGAAAAAGAAAAACGUGUCGAGCUAGUGCCGUUUGAAGAAGAACCGAUGAAAGCACAUCGUUUUAAGAAGUUUGUUCAUUAUUUAAAAUCUGGCCAUGUAAUGCCGACUCCAAAUGAAAUGACUGUACUAGAGUGGGAAGAAGAGCAAAAAGAGUUUGAAAACCAUUUAACGCCAGAACUACGGUCUUUAUUACCAUCAGUAAGGGAUCGACAACAACCAUUGGCAAAACUGGAAACAGCUCAGCCGAUUGCCGAUAUGUUGAAGAAUAGGUUUCAGGUAUUUUUUGGUUAUUUUAUUGUUAAUGCUGCUGAUGUGGCUGCGAAAUAUAUUCUUGUAUACAGAUGAAUUUCUACAGUUUUAAUUUUUUAAUUACUUUAUUUUUAGUCAGAAAAUUCGACAAAAAUUAAAGAAGAACCGACAUCACUGAUGGACAAUAAAAAAUUGGCCGUACAACAAAAGCAAUUCGGACCUUUAACAAGACAAAAAUACACAUGGCAUCCAUCAAAGUAUUUAGUAAAGUAUUUCAACGUGGAGGAUCCAUACCCGGAUUCACGAGAAGAAGGCUGCCCUGACAUUAUAAAGAAAAGUUUAACAAAAAGAGAUUAUUCUCUGGACAUGUUGGGCUUACCAAGCACAGAAAAAGAGGUUAUAGAAAAAAUUGUAAGCUUUUAUACUUAUACUUGUUUAAUUUUUUAUAAGACAGCAUUUUUAAACGUUUUAAAAAAUUGGUUUUAAGGUUUUAAAAAAUUGGUUUUAAAUUUUUUAACUAAAAGAUUGGUUUUUGACUUUUACAUUUUUAGAACUCAGAUGUUGCUGGCAAACGUAGGUCAAGAUGGGACGGAGAAAAAGGAAUGGAAGAAAGCAAACCGAUGGACAAAACAUUUGAGCCUAAGUUACCAGAAACAGAAAAGCCAACAUUUUUGCCUCCGCUUUCACUUCUACAAGCUGUAUUUGAACAAGUAUUUGACGAUGAUGAUUCAGAUCAAGAAGUUCACAUUAUUGAAAAUGAUGACGUUCGGGGUGCAAACGAAAAUAAUACAUUGGAAAAAGAUCCCAUUUUUAAACAACGGGAAUCUCGUUUCAAAAAUGAACCAAGUCUAAGAAAUUCUAUUGAUCGGAAACAAAACCUAGCUGGUACACAAAGGAACUCAGUAGCAGCACAGCACAAAACAAAACAUGAUGUUGUUUUACUGGACGAUCCAAUGUCAUCCUCAAUGUCGAAGCCAGUACAUACAUCUUUAAUUAAUCCGGAGACCUCAGAAAGAUACAUCACAGUUUUAGACCUUGUCGAAUCGGACGACGAAUAUGGCCCAAAGAUACCAAAUUCAUUUGCAGCGCAAAAAACCAUAAGUAGUUCGUCUACAGCGGAUAUAGUCGAAUUGCGGUCUUCAGAUGGAAUUCAAUUAAAAAAGAAACGAAGACGAAAAGAUUCCUUGGCAGAAGAAACAAAGAACCGAAAGAAACACAAGAAAGAAAAGAGAAAGAAGGAAAAGAAACACAAAAGACAUGAUUAG